AUGCCAAUCCAACAUUCACCGAAAAAGCCGAACCAAGACGAAGGAGAAUCUGAAAUUUUCCGAGGAUUUCCCGACGAAACCGAUAGGAACAAAUCAAUCAUGGACAACAUUGCUGCCGAUGCGCAAACCAUUUCGCAAUUGAACCCGCUUUUUCGACUACGUAGACAGACACACCUGAAUAUUACACGUAUCAAAUCGAUCAUCGACAAUGCCGAUAUUCCAGUUACCCUGGCGCAGCUGAGAGUGUAUGCGCGAAAACUCCAAUCAUUAUAUGACGAGUUCUCCGGCUUCCACAAUCAAAUUUUGGCCAUCAUUCCUGAUGAGGAAAUCGAAAAUCAAGAAGCAGAAUGUCAGCGGUUUGAAGACAUUUAUGACUUGACAUCUACUAUCAUCGAGCAUUCGCUUAUGCAAAACAACGUAGCAGACAUUGCGCAGGCAGUGCCGCCACAAGUUAUCAUCCAUCAGCAACCAUUAAAAGCUCCAAUUCCAACGUUUGAUGGAGACUAUACAAAAUGGCCGAAGUUUAAAGCCAUGUUUUUAGAUGUGAUGGCCCAAUCCGUAUCUCGGGAUGCGAUUAAGUUGUAUCAUCUUGACAAGGCGUUGAUUGGAUCAGCUGCUGGCGUAUUGGACUCCAAAACAAUAAAUGAAGGAAACUAUACGAAAGCAUGGAACAUCCUUACGGAACGCUAUGAAAAUCGGAGAGUGAUUAUCGAAACACAUAUUCGUGGUCUUCUACAACUGCAAAAGAUGUCUACAGAAUCGAACAUUGAAUUACGCAAACUGGUCGACGAAUGCAAUAACCACGUGGAGAGUCUAGAAUACAUGGAACAAGAAUUACUAGGCAUGUCCGAGCUGAUAAUAAUUUACCUACUGACAGCAGCACUCGAUAAGACGACCCGGAAACAUUGGGAGCAAACCUUGAAACCCGGUCAACUACCGAAAUAUAAGACGACGAUCGAAUUUUUAAAAUCUCAGUGUCAAGUAUUAGAGCGAUGUGAAGCUGCUUUUUCCUUGCCAAUCCCAAAACCGUUUGUUUCUAAAUCAGGAACUCAAAUUAAAAUAAACAACCAACGAACGCAUGCUGCAGUAUCCGACGAAAAUUACACAAAUGAAAAAUGUGAUUUUUGUGCUGCACUUCACCGGAACUAUCAGUGCGAUAAACUGAACGCGUUAUCGAGUGCAGAAAAAAUGAAUAAGAUCAAAUCAACCGGAGUUUGCUUUAAUUGUCUACGCAAAGGACAUAUUUCAAAGAAGUGUCCAUCGUCGAAAACAUGUCGCAUAUGCAAAAAACGACAUCAUACGCAGUUGCAUGAAGACGUUAGUCCGAUGCAAAAUUCCGAGACUAUCAGAAACGAAAAAAUAACGGUAAGAAACCAGCCCACCAACGAUAAACCGUCAACAAGCAACGAGAACCAAAUGCCAGUAUCUACAUGUUCCUGUAAUAGUGCCCGUGUAUCGAAGACAGUACUACUAUUGACAGCUGUUGUCCUGGUAACCGACAAGAAUGGAAGACAGCAUUCCUGUAGAGCUCUUUUAGAUAGCGGUUCGCUAGUGAACUUCGUUAGUGAAAAAUUUGCCAACGUACUGGAAAUUCCGAAGCGGCGAGUUAACAUUGCCAUUGCUGGUAUUAGCAGCCUGAAGACAACCGCCCACGAGAAGAUUAUUGUAAAGUUCCAAUCUCAGUACAGCAAUUUCCAAGCAUCAUUGGAAUGUUUGAUCACUCGAAAGGUGACAGGAAAAAUUCCUUCAAUGGACAUUGAUAUUACAGACUGGAAUAUUCCCAGUGGAAUUCAACUUGCAGAUCCCAUGUUUUACAAAUCGAACACAAUAGAUAUUCUGAUUGGAGCCGAAUUGUUUUUCAAAUUAUUGAAGCCGUUCAACCAGUUAGUGUUGGAAGACGGACUUCCCGAAUUGCGUGAUUCCCACCUCGGUUGGAUCGUAACAGGUUCAAUCAGUGCCGAUAACAACGUGCAGUAUUCACAGAUCGCCUCUAUACAGUCGAUUGAGGACUCGAUCGAGAAGUUUUGGCAAAUCGAAGAGCUACAGGACGAUCCGAAACCAACUACCGAUGAACAACGAUGUGAGGAACAUUUUUCCGUUACACAUUCCCGCGACGAAACUGGAAGAUUCGUAGUGAGACUUCCAUUCAAGGACAAUAUAAACGAAUUAAUUAGUUGCAGAGAAUUAGCGCUGAAACGCUUUUAUAUGUUAGAGAGCAAACUACAACGAAACCCAGAUCUGAAGAGUCAAUACAUCGAUUUUGUACGCGAAUAUCAGCAGCUAGGCCACUGUAAGGAAGUGGACGAAACCAAAGAUAUGCGACCACUUAAUCCGUAUUUCAUGCCACAUCAUGCUGUGCUCCGUCCCGACAGUUCUACUACAAAAUGUAGAGUGGUGUUUGAUGCCAGUGCCAAACCAUCAUCUAGUGACCUUUCACUCAACGAUGUCCUUUUGGUAGGACCAGUCGUGCAAAAUGAAUUACUGGCAAUCAUCUUGAAGUUCCGGAAACAUAAAUAUGUGUUUACGGGCGAUAUUACGAAAAUGUACCGACAGAUUCUAAAGGUAUUGGAGCUGACAACAAUAACGUAUGGUACUGCCUCUGCACCGUUUCAAGCCACUAGAUGUCUGAUACAGCUUGCAAAAGAAGAAGAAUCGAAUUUUCCCAUAGCAUCCAAUAUCAUUCGCAAGGACUGUUAUGUUGACGACGUGAUAUCUGGAGCAGAUACAUUCGAAGAAGCUAACGAAGCUAUCAAUCAACUGAGAAGAAUGCUAGCGAAAGGUGGUUUUCCAAUUCGCAAGUGGUGCUCCAAUUCAACACAACUAUUGCACAAUUGUCCUACUGAAGAACAAGAAACGCUGAAGCCCUGGAAAGACCGAUCCAUCAAUAGUGUGACUAAAAUACUUGGUCUGACGUGGAACCCGUUAUCCGACGAACUGCUGAUUGCUGGUGAGUUAGAACAUAUUGAAGAUCAAAAACGACGAACUACGAAACGACGAAUAUACUCCGAGGUAGCAAAGCUGUAUGCUCCAUUGGGAUUAUAUUCCCCAACAGUUGUGUUAGCUAAACUACUCGUGCAACAGCUUUGGAAAUGUAAGAUCGGCUGGGACGAUUCAGUCGAAGAAUCAUUCGUUCAACAGUGGUGCAAUAUAAAACAAACUCUUCCUCAUCUUAAGAAAAUAACGAUUCCUCGUCAAGUGACAUACAUCGGAGCUAUUGAUUUUGAGUUGCAUGGCUUUACAGACUCCUCCAAUUUAGCUUAUGGCGCAUGUGUAUACGUGCGAAGUUUGUUUCCCGAUGGCUCAGCAAAAUGUCGACUGUUGAGUUCAAAAUCGAAGGUCGCCCCGCUACACGAAUUGACGAUUCCACGCAAGGAAUUGUGCGCCGCGUUACUGCUGACACGACUGGUGAAGAAGAUUAUUGAUGCUGUAGAAAUGAACUUUUCUCAGAUAAUGUUGUGGACUGACAGCCAAAUUGUACUUGCUUGGCUGAAGAAAAAUCCCGACCGAUUGCAAACCUUCGUCAAAAAUCGCGUGAUGGAAAUCCGCAAUGGUUUGGGAGAGUGUCAAUGGAACUAUGUGAAAUCGUGUGAUAACCCAGCAGAUGUGGUGUCCCGAGGCCAACUACCAACGAUCCUUGCACAGAACGACAUGUGGUGGAAUGGUCCCAAUUUCCUUACCACAUCAACCAUCAUUUUUGAAACACUGAACGACGUCCCGGAAGAAAAUUUACCUGAAAUGAAACCAGUGAUCAUGAGUCAUUCAGCAACAAUAUUGGAAUUGCUUCAGGUAUUUAGCAAGUACAGUUGUUUCCGAAAGCUGCAAAGAGUGAUCGGUUGGAUUUUACGAUUCAAAAAUAACUGUCAUCAAAAGAACAAUCACAUCAUUCAACGCCAUUUGACAGUAGCAGAAAUUCGAGAGUCAACGACAACAAUCAUACGAGUGAUUCAGCACAUAGAGUUUGGAGAUGAAAUUCGGCGUCUCAAGUCUGGUCUCCAAUGCAAGAUUCUUGGCCCUCUCAAUCCAAUUUAUGCCACCAAUUUACUACGUGUGGGUGGAAGGCUGAAAAACUCCAAUUUAAAGAAUGAAUCAAUACAUCAACUCAUCCUUCCGAACAAGAACAUUGUGACUGCACUAAUAAUUAGAACAAUGCACAACGAACUUCUGCACAUUGGAGUUUCAGGGUUGGUAUCAGCAACUCGACAGCGCUUCUGGAUUAUCAACGCUCGUUCAACGAUAAGACAAAUCAUAAGAAGCUGCGUGAAAUGUUUCAGAACUAAUCCAACUGGUGUUUCUCAAUUAAUGGGAGACUUGCCGAAACAAAGAGUAUCACCUGCCCCUCCGUUCAAUAUCACUGGUGUAGACUACGCCGGUCCUGUUAUGGAUCAAAAUGAAGUCAAACAAAUAGAGAAGUUUUGCCUGAAACGAGAAAUGGAAUGGCAUUUCAUUCCGCCAGACGCUCCCGAAUUCGGCGGCCUCUGGGAGGCGGCCGUAAAAAGCACAAAGACACACCUGAAGCGAGUUCUUGGAAAUGCUUUGUUAACGUUCGAAGAAAUGGCUACUAUUCUAUGCGAAAUUGAAGCCAUCCUUAAUUCAAGACCACUAUUUGCUAUCUCUAACGACCCAACGGAUCUGGAAGUUAUCACGCCAGCACAUUUUCUCAUAGGUAGGCAGUUAACAGCUGUACCAGAACCAUCAUACACAAAUGAAAAAAUUGGUCGACUCAACCGUUGGCAGCACAUUCAACUGAUGCGCCAACAUUUUUGGAAUGCUUGGUCAAAUGACUAUCUCAACAGCCUACAACUUCGUAAGAAAAAUUGGAUCACUUCAGAAAACAUACAACCAGGAAUGAUAGUGCUUUUACAAGAUAAGAAUCGUCCACCACUUCAGUGGAAGUUGGGUCGAAUAGUAGCAGUUCAUCCUGGAUCUGAUAACUUAAUUCGCGUUGUGGAUGUCUGCAGUGGAGGUACAAGUUAUCGCCGUCCCAUCACCAAACUUUCAGUUUUGCCCAUUGAAGUCAAUCAACGCGAACCGGAGAGCAGUGAAACAUAA